AUGGCGCCCGGCAUCCUAGAUACGGAUUCCGCGGUGGCGGUCGAGAAGGUGACGUCUCUCGCCACAUUGACCGAGGACUGGGAUGACACGAUCCGCUUCUAUCUCAACGGCACGAAGGUCGCUGUCGAGAAUGUGAACCCGGAAGUCACCUUGCUUGAAUACCUUCGAGGCAUCGGCCUGACCGGGACGAAGCUGGGGUGCGCCGAGGGUGGCUGCGGUGCCUGCACAGUGGUUGUUUCGCAUGUGAAUGUGACCACUAAGAAAAUCUACCACGCGUCCGUCAACGCCUGUAUUGCCCCCUUGGUGAGCAUCGACGGAAAACACGUCAUUACAGUCGAGGGUCUGGGAGAUGUGAAAGCCCCCCAUGCAGUUCAACAACGAAUCGCCAUCGGUAAUGGUAGUCAGUGUGGCUUCUGUACUCCAGGAAUUGUCAUGAGCCUAUAUGCCUUGCUUCGUAACGACCCUAAUCCCUCGGAACACGCAGUCGAGGAAGCCUUCGAUGGAAAUCUUUGUCGAUGCACUGGAUACCGCCCUAUCCUGGAUGCCGCUCAGAGCUUCAACGCUAAGAAUAACUGUGGGAAGGCUAGCGCCAAUGGGGGUUCUGGAUGCUGCAUGGAGAAGAACGGAAAUGGCUCGGGUGGAUGCUGCAAGGGCUCAGCAAAUGACAAGGAAGAACCCGCUGAGAUCAAAUUCCCGGUGCCAGAGUUCAAACCCUACAGCCCCGAUACGGAGCUGAUUUUCCCCGCGGCCUUGCGGAAGCACGAGUUCCGACCGUUGGCCUACGGAAACAAGAAGAAGAAGUGGUAUCGACCAGUGACUGUGGAUCAGCUGUUGCAAAUCAAGAGUAUCCACCCCGAGGCCAAGCUCAUCGGCGGAAGCACCGAAACGCAGAUUGAGAUCAAAUUCAAGGCGAUGCGAUAUUCAGCGUCUGUAUACGUGGGCGAUAUCCCGGAGCUGCGGCAAUUUGCCUUCCAUGACGACCAUUUAGAGAUCGGAGCGAAUGUGUCACUAACGGACUUGGAGUCCAUUUGCGAACAAGCUGUGGAAAAGUACGGGCCUGCCCGAGGCCAACCGUUCAAAGCCAUUAAGAAACAGCUCCAAUAUUUUGCUGGAAGGCAAAUUCGGAAUGUCGCUUCUCCAGCUGGUAAUCUUGCCACUGCCUCGCCCAUUUCAGAUUUGAAUCCGGUCCUGGUCGCGACGAACACGAUUCUCGUUGCCAAAUCACUUGCAGGAGAUCAAGAGAUUCCCAUGACAGAGUUCUUUCAAGGCUACCGGAAGACGGCCUUGCCUCCAGAUUCCAUCAUUGCCAGCCUUCGAAUUCCAGCUGCCUCGCCCAAGGGCGAGUAUAUGCGCGCUUAUAAGCAAGCGAAGAGGAAGGACGAUGAUAUCGCUAUCGUAAACGCUGCGUUGCGUGUCUCUUUGUCCGAUUCAUAUGAGGUGACCAGCGCCAAUCUUGUCUUCGGUGGAAUGGCAGCAAUGACCGUGCGGGCAAAGAAUGCAGAAGCAUUCCUAGUCGGUCAGAAAUUUACCAGUCCUGCAACAUUAGAAGGUGUCAUGGCAGCCCUGGAGACAGACUUCAACCUUCCAUUUGGGGUUCCCGGUGGCAUGGCCACCUAUCGCAAGUCAUUGGCCCUGGGCUUCUUCUAUCGCUUCUAUCACGAUGUUCUAGCAGGUCUUGAAGUGAAGACCGAGGAUCUUGAUCCAGAUGUUGUCGCUGAGAUUGAAAGAGCCAUUUCUUCUGGCUCAAAGGAUCACGAGGCUUCUGUCGCUUAUCAACAGAAGAUUCUUGGCAGAGCGACGCCCCAUGUUUCUGCCCUCAAGCAAGCUACGGGUGAGGCGCAAUAUACUGACGAUAUCCCGGUACAACAGAACCAGCUCUUUGCUUGCAUGGUUCUCUCAACCAAGGCUCAUGCGAAAAUUUUAAGUGUCGAUCCUUCAGCCGCCCUUGAUAUCCCCGGAGUAGUCGACUAUAUCGACCACAGAGAUCUGCCAAGCCCCGAGGCGAAUUGGUGGGGAGCUCCGGUAUCAGAUGAGCUUUUCUUCGCUGUUGAUGAAGUCAACACUGCUGGACAGCCAAUUGGUGUUAUCGUGGCAAAUACUGCAAAGAUUGCCGAAGAGGGCAUGAGAGCUGUCAAGGUCGAAUACGAAGACCUUCCUGUGAUCCUUACUAUCGAAGAAGCUAUUGAAGCAGAGUCCUUCUUCGAACACCACAGGUGGAUUAAGUGUGGUGAUACCGAAGAGGGCUUCAAGCAAGCAGAUCACAUCUUUGAGGGUACGUCCCGCAUGGGUGGCCAGGAGCACUUCUACUUGGAGACCCAGGCCUGCUUAGCUAUCUGGAAGCCAGAAGACGGUGAAAUGGAAAUCUGGAGUGGUACACAGAACCCAACCGAGACCCAAACUUAUGUCGCUCAAGUGACCGGUGUUGCCGCGAACAAGAUUGUUUCUCGCGUCAAACGGCUUGGCGGAGGUUUCGGAGGCAAAGAAACACGGUCUAUUCAGCUCGCUGGAAUCUGUGCUACUGCUGCAGCAAAAUUAAAGCGGCCCGUUCGAUCUAUGCUUAAUCGUGACGAAGACAUCUUGACCUCAGGUCAACGUCACCCUUUCUAUUGCAAGUGGAAAGUCGGAGUCACCAAGGAAGGAAAAAUCCUGGCUCUGGAUGCCGACGUCUAUGCAAAUGGUGGUCACACACAGGACUUGUCCGGCGCUGUCGUGGAGCGAAGCUUAUCUCACAUUGAUGGUGUUUACAAGAUUCCUAACGUCCAUGUACGCGGGCGAAUUUGCAAGACGAAUACGGUGUCCAACACUGCUUUCCGCGGGUUUGGAGGUCCGCAAGGCUUGUUCUUCGCCGAGUGCUACGUUUCCGAGAUCGCCGAUCAUUUGAAUAUUCCGGUUGAAGAUGUUCGAGCGAUAAACAUGUACCAGCCUGGGGAGAUCACUCAUUUCAACCAAGAGCUUAAGGACUGGCAUGUACCGCUGAUGUACAAGCAGGUCAUGGAAGAAAGCUCUUAUAAAGAGCGAAGGAAGGCUGUCGAGGAAUACAAUGCCCAGCACAAGUGGUCCAAGCGUGGAAUGGCGAUUGUUCCCACAAAGUUCGGUAUCUCAUUUACCGCUCUCUUCCUCAACCAAGCAGGUGCUUUGGUGCACAUCUAUCAUGAUGGUAGUGUCCUCGUGGCUCAUGGCGGCGUUGAAAUGGGUCAAGGCCUACACACAAAGAUGACGAUGAUUGCUGCGGAGGCUCUACAAGUGCCACAUGAAAGUGUAUUCAUUUCCGAGACUGCUACCAACACUGUUCCCAAUACUUCUUCCACGGCAGCUUCGGCUAGUUCUGACUUGAAUGGCUACGCAAUAUUCAAUGCCUGCGAGCAGAUUAACGAGCGACUACGACCCUACCGCGAGAAGAUGCCUAACGCCACUAUGAAAGAGCUCGCACAUGCCGCAUAUUUCGACCGUGUCAAUCUUUCUGCACAGGGUUACUACCGGACUCCAGACAUCGGGUACGUCUGGGGGGAAAACACAGGACAGAUGUUCUUCUACUUCACGCAAGGUGUCACAGCCGCCGAAGUCCAGAUCGAUACCCUUACAGGAGACUGGACUCCUCUUCGAGCCGAUAUCAAGAUGGAUGUCGGUCGCACCAUCAAUCCUUCGGUGGACUAUGGUCAGAUUGAAGGCGCGUAUGUCCAAGGCCAAGGUCUUUUCACCACAGAAGAAAGUCUCUGGCACCGCGCCUCUGGGCAGAUAUUCACCCGAGGGCCAGGAAAUUACAAGAUCCCUGGAUUCCGCGACAUCCCACAGAUUUUCAACGUCAGCCUCCUGAAAGAUGUCGAAUGGGAGAACCUGCGGACUAUUCAGCGCUCGCGUGGCAUUGGCGAGCCGCCGCUGUUCAUGGGUAGUGCUAUGUUCUUCGCCAUUCGCGAUGCCUUGAAGGCAGCACGGAAGCAAUGGGGCGUGCAAGAAGUUCUUCAGUUAGUCAGCCCAGCCACCCCGGAGCGCAUUCGAAUCAGUUGUGCAGAUCCCAUAAUUGAACGGGCUCGUGUGCAACCGAAGGAGGGCGAGAAGAGCUUCUUUGUAGCUAUCUAG